AAGCAUUUGUGUUUGGUUUGCGAGGCAGCAAAGUGCGGAAGCGGACGAUACGAUGUACAACAAAUUGAGUAUAUUCUGUGGACUGGGUGUGCUGCUCAUCUCCAUAGCGAGUGGCACUGGACAGUCACUGUCCACCUCCAAUGAAACGGAGGUGACAUCCACUGCAACAGCACCAGCGGAGCCUCAGAGACUGCUGCUGGCCAUCCACUAUGAGGCUCUGUGUCCGGAUAGCGUUUACUUCAUCCGUCGAAGGCUCCACGAUGCCCUGCUGGACAACGACUGGUGGCAGUACACUGAACUGAAGCUGUACCCCUUCGGCAAGGCGGGAUUCUACAACAACACUGCCACGAAGGAAAUGCAAGUCUUUUGCCAGCACGGCUGGGAGGAAUGCGAACUGAAUGCACUUCAUGGCUGCAUUCUGGAGACACUCGAGAUUAAAGAGGCCUUCAAGCUGAUCUAUUGCAUGAUGCGGGCCUACAGCAACCAGCUGGACAAGUGCUCCAAUCACCUGGGUCUCGAUGUGAGUGCGGCCAGGAAAUGCAAGCAAACGCGCCAGACCCCAGAGAUUCUGGCGCCCUACGGCAAGGAGACUCUGAAACUGGGCCUGUCCUUUGUACCCACCAUUGUGUUUGAGAAUGUCUUCGAGCCAUACGAGCAGAGCAGCAUUCGGUACAACUUCGAGGGUCACUUCUGCAGUCAGUACGAGAGAAAGUUCAACAUCAAGCUUCCCACGUGCGUCUAGCUAAAUCCCAUUCAACUAUGAUGAAGCAUUGCAUGUUUUAUAAUGUGGUAAAACCAAUAAAUAAUAAUUACAC